CAAAGGACACCUUUCUUAAAUAUCUUAAACCUGCUUAACUUCUAUGCAAACAUUAAACAACUAAGAAUGCAUAUUUCAUCCUACAUAUUAAUACUAAUUUUCUCUCUCUUUUCUCAAGGUUUUUUACUUUCAAUUUCGAAGUCUAUGAGAAAGGUAGAAGAUGAUGAUAUGAUACUAAAUGCACUCAAUAUAGGAAAAGCUCUUUGGAAUGAAGGUAAAACAGAGAAGACAAAGACUACACCUACUCUUGAGCACUACAAGAUGGAGGACAGCAGUUUUCUGGAUGAAGAGGAAGACACAAACCCAAAAUUUGUAAAUAUAGGUUCCAAACACAAUUUCAUAAACCAUGGUUUGCCACUGAACCUAGGUAUAGAACAGCUACCUUAUCUUGCACUGAAAGGAUCUAUGGCUUUUCCAGCUGAAACUGAAAUUCAGAAUAUUGAAUCAAUACAGAAAAGGAGAGAGACUGGGGAUGAAGAAAACUCAGCUAAAUUUCCUAUAGGAAGGAGAGAUUUUGACAGUAAGUAUGUGUGUAUUUUUCCACAGAAAAAAAUAUUUCAACUUAGAAUACAAAAAGAGUAAAAAAAAAUUUUUCUUCAGUGCUCAGGUGUAUGUUGGGAAGAGUCUAUCGACCUUGUUGGCAAGUUUGAAAACUGUUGGCCUCUUCUCCGAAGAAGUAUUGGUUGCCAAUUUAAUGAAACUUGAAGUUACAGUGCUUUUGGUAUUGCUAUAUAUUUACAUCUAAAUACUUCUAUCUGUAUUUCAAAGUAGAUGGAAACAUGAUUGACAUUUUCACUAGAUAACCUAGUUGUAAUAGUUAUGAUGUAUUGUUACUGAAAUUGAGAAUUCUGUACAAUCAAGACUUGUCACUAUAUUUGUCUAAUGAAU